AAACAUCCAAAUAAACACUAUACUCACAUGAUCCGACGCAUGCAUGCAGUAUGCAUGACAAACAUCUUGUAAAGAUCCAUUUGAGGGUUAUAUUAGCUGUGUGAACUUUGUAAAUGCACUGUAUUACAGUCGAGAGCUCGAGGGGCGGGGGAGCGAGAGAUUUAAAGGGGCCGCAGCCUGAAUCGGUGCAUAGUUAAUGAUGCCCCAAAAUAGGUAGUUAAAAAAAUUAAUUUAAAAAAAACUUAUGGGGUAUUUUGAGCUGAAACUUCACAGACACAUUCAGGGGACACCUUAGACUUAUAAAAACUGGUUCUAGGGCACCUUUAAUGGGUCUCUAUGGGCCUCUGCUGGAUGUAUAUGGUAACUACAACUUUUUUUUCUUUUUCCUAAAACUGUUUUUCCUACAGAUUUUUCUCUAACCAGCAGAUGACAGAAUUCUGCAUCUAACACCUAUAUUAAUAUCCAGAAACAACUCAUAUUUACGGGCCCUUUUUUUUUUUAAUAAAAAUGUAAUAUUUCAUAUGCAUGCUAAUGGUAUAGUUGAGGAAUCCUCAUAUAAUGUCAUAUUCAAAUUCCCAAAACACAGCAUAAACGUAUAGAUGAGAACUAAACAAACAAAAAAAGAUAUAUCAUUUGUAUUAUUAAAAAUGUAUAUAUUUUAUACAAUCGCUCUCUAAAUAUUGACCUCAAACACCCAGAGUGUAAACUGGAAAUGAAGUUUAUGAGGGUUAAAUGUCACAAUGAAAAAUUGUCACAAUGCAAAAAAAAAAUUGUAGCCUAUAUAAUAUACCUUUCAUUUCUCACUGCAGUAUUCUGUAUUGUGCUUUUCAUAUGAACAAACUUUGAUUUAUUCGUAGUUGUUGUAAUAGAUAGUCUUCAGUGUUGUAUUCCAUAGGGCUAAAAUAGUUAUUAAAAAUCCUCCAACGUGUCCUGCCUGCAUUCUCUUUGCAGAGGUGUUAUGAAAUGUUUAAUUGUGACGGUUGGUCCAGCAGGGGAGGGAAGCGCUGCGCACUAGGAGGCGCUGGAUCUCAGCGCGCACAUGAGUCAGUGUGCGGAGGACACGCGCUCGCUCGCUCGCUCACUCACUCACUCUCUCCAUCAUUUAUGAUCGCUGUUUCUCCCCGCUGCUCAUUUGCUCCGCGUCUUCGAUCACUCCUUGCGUUCUGAAACACAAACCCGCGGCGUUUUGUGAAAUGAUACCGCAGGCAUGUGAUGUGUCCAUAUGCCAAGGGCUUCUAAAUGACCAUCCGCGUGCGUAAAGAAGCGCUUCCAUUCACCAGAACUGUUUCGCUGUCAUCCUGUGCGCUCUGCUUUGGCUUCUUCCCGGAGAAGAAAGAGAGAGACUUGAUUUUUUUUCUCCCCACAGCUGUUUUGGGUUUAAAUGUUGAAGCUUGAAUGGCUGGAGCUCAACCUGGCGUUCAUGCGCUUCAACUCAAGCCGGUGCGCGUGUCCGAGAGUCUGAAGCGAGGCAGUAGAUUUAUGAAAUGGGAUGAGGAUUCUUCUACUGUGACUCCAGUGACGUUACGCGUCGAUCCGCAGGGAUACUUCCUGUACUGGACGGAUCAGAAUAAGGAAACAGACCUAUUGGACAUCACCUACAUCAAAGAUGCAAGAACGGGGAAAUGCACCAAAACGCCAAAGGAAGCAAAGCUCCGGGAGCUCCUGGAUGUGGGGAAUCUGGUGGGACGGAUAGAGAACCGGAUGCUGACGGUGGUUACGGGACCCGACAUGGUCAAUAUCCAGUACCUGAACUUCAUGGCCUUCCAAGAAGAAGUCGCCAAGGAGUGGGCAGAUGAGCUGUUUAGUCUGGCGUCCAACCUACUCGCUCAGAACAUGGGCAGAGAAUCCUGUCUGGAGAAAGCCUUCACAAGACUCAAGCUGCAGACCAAUCAAGAGGGUCGCAUCCCUGUGAAAAACAUAUUCCGCAUUUUCUCGACUGACCGGAAGCGCGUGGAAACGGCACUGGAGAGCUGUAAUCUUCCGUCCGGCCGGAAUGACUCCAUCCCUUUGGAGGAUUUGACCCCUGAUGUUUACAAAUCGUUCAUCAACCAUCUCUGCCCACGAUCUGAGAUUAACCAAAUAUUUGCUGAUCUUGGCGCGAAGGGUAGAAACUUUCUCACCCUGGAUCAGAUGACGGAAUUCAUAAACAACAAACAGCGGGACCCUCGUCUGAACGAGAUCUUGUACCCGCCGCUGAAGCCUGAACAAACCCAGAGCCUAAUGGAGAAAUUUGAGCCCAACCCAGGAAUGAUUCAAAAAGGGCAGAUCUCAGUCGAGGGCUUCUCCAGGUAUCUGAUCAGUCAAGAGAACAGCGUCAUUCCUGCAGAAAAACUGGACCAGAGUGAAGACAUGACCUUCCCUCUCUCUCAUUACUUCAUCAACUCCUCCCACAACACCUACCUCACAGCGGGUCAGCUUGCGGGUAACUCCUCGGUGGAGAUGUAUCGGCAGACGCUGUUGUCUGGCUGCCGCUGUGUGGAGCUGGACUGCUGGAAGGGGCGUACGGCGGAGGAGGAACCCGUCAUCACUCACGGCUUCACCAUGACCUCAGAAAUCUCCUUCAAGGAAGUGAUCGAAGCUAUAGCGGAGUGCGCUUUCAAAACGUCUCCUUUCCCUGUCAUCCUGUCCUUUGAGAAUCAUGUGGACUCCCCCAAACAGCAAGCCAAAAUGGCAGAAUAUUGCAGAUCGAUAUUCGGGGACGCACUACUGACCGAGCCGCUUGAGAAAUACCCUCUCGAGUCUGGAGUUCCUCUGCCAAGCCCUCAAGAGCUCAUGGGAAAGAUCCUCAUCAAGAACAAGAAAUCUCACCCGAAACCAUCUGACGGCAGCACGAAGAAGAAGCUGUCCGAGCAGGUGUCCAACACCAACAGCGACUCGUCCAGCGUGUUUGAGCCUUCGUCACCCAGCGCUGGGCCUGCAGCGCCUGCAGAGGUGGAGGCUGAGGAUGACGAGGAUGAAGAUGAUGACGAUGACGACUGUAAGAAGUCAGACGAGGGUACAGCAGGAUCUGAAGCCUUUGCCACAGAAGAAAUGUCCACUCUGGUCAAUUACAUCCAGCCGACCAAGUUCCACUCCUUUGAGGUUUCCAAGAAAACCAAGCGCAGUUAUCAGAUGUCAUCGUUUGUGGAGACCAAAGCCCUGGAGCAGCUCACGAAGACACCGGUGGAGUUUGUAGAAUACAACAAAUUUCAGCUGAGCAGAAUCUAUCCCAAAGGAACCCGGGUGGAUUCCUCCAACUACAUGCCGCAGGUGUUCUGGAACGCCGGCUGUCAGCUUGUAGCACUCAACUUUCAGACCAUCGAUCUGUCCAUGCAGCUGAACCUCGGCAUGUACGAGUACAACGGGAAAAGUGGCUACAGGCUCAAACCAGAGUUCAUGAGGCGACCGGACAAGCACUUCGACCCCUUCACAGAAAGCACAGUGGACGGGAUCGUAGCGAAUACCUUAUCAGUAAAGAUCAUAUCAGGACAGUUUCUGACUGACAAGAAGGUGGGCGUUUAUGUGGAGAUUGACAUGUUUGGACUUCCAGUUGACACGAGACGAAAAGCUUUCAAGACAAAGACGUCCCAAAGCAACGCCAUCAACCCUGUGUGGGACGAGGAGCCCAUCGUCUUUAAAAAGGUUGUGUUGCCCACCCUCGCUUCCCUGAGGAUAGCCGUGUUUGAAGAGGGCGGGAAGUUCAUUGGUCAUCGGAUCAUUCCCGUCUCAGCCAUUCGUCCGGGUUAUCGUUACAUCGGUUUGAGAAAUGAAAAGAAUCAAGCUCUAAUUCUUCCUGCUAUAUUCGUGUAUAUUGAGGUGAAAGACUACGUACCGGAUACAUUCGCUGAUGUCAUCGAAGCGCUGUCCAACCCCAUCAGAUACGUCAACCUAAUGGAGCAGAGAUCCAAACAGCUGGCGGCUCUCACUUUAGAGGAAGGAGAAGAGGAGAAAGACACCAAAGAGGCGGAUCCGGGUGUUGAAAACCCCUCCGAGGUUAAAAGCGAACCCAAACCCGCCCCGGUUGAGAACGGAUUGAGUCACACGCCCAGCGCGGCUCCUAAACCCGCGUCCCAGAUCAGCACACAGCCUCAGUCCACAGGCUCAACGAAACCAGCGGCGAAGACUGAAGAUCUUAUUCAAAGCGUCCUCACCGAGAUGGAGGCGCAGACCAUCGAGGAGCUCAAACAGCAGAAGGGAUUCGUUCGGGAGCAGAGACGACACUAUAAAGAGAUGAAGGACCUGGUGAAGAAACAUCACAAGAAAACCACCGAGAUGAUCAAGGAGCACACGGCCAAAUACAACGAGAUCCAGCACGACUACCUCCGCAAACGGGCCGUCCUGCUGAAGUCUGCAAAACGAGAUGGUAAGAAGAGGUGUCUGUCAUCCAGUCCUGAACACGGACCCUCGUUCUUCGAGCAGGAGCUGGCCAGUUUGGAUCAGGACAGCGGACUGAAACUGUCUGAACUCAAAGAGCAGCAGCAGCAGCAGCUACUGAAUCUCCGUCAGGAACAGUAUUACAGCGAGAAGUACCUGAAGAAGGAACACAUUAAACAGGUUAUCGAGAAGCUGACCGGCAUCGCCGAGGAAAGUCAAAGCAGCCAAAUGAAGAAAAUCAAGGAGCUGUGUGAGAAAGAAAAGAAAGAGCUGAAAAAGAAAAUGGACAAGAAGAGACAAGAGAAGAUCAAUGAAGCCAAAUCAAAGGAGAAGCACUUGACAGAAGAGGAGAAGCUGGAAAUCAACCGCUCGUAUGUGAACGAGGUGGUGCAGCACAUUAAGAGGCUGGAAGACGCACAGACUAAAAGACAUGAGAAGCUUGUAGAAACCCAUAAAAGCAUUCUGCAACAAAUAUUAGAUGAGAAACCCAAGCUUCAGAACGACCUGGAUCAGGAAUACCAGGACAAGUUCCGGCGGCUUCCAUUAGAGAUCCAGGAGUUUGUGCAGGAAAGCACCAAGAGAAAGACUGAGGAUGUAGAGCAGGAAGUUCUUCCCUCUUCCUCCACGCUGGAGAAACUCACGCAGAAGGGCGCGCAAUCUGAAGACGACACAGAAGAGGAGAAGAAAGACUGAUCGGACCAUGUCAGAAACCUUCAGGAUCUCUUCCCGCUUCACUUUACGUUCUUUCAUUUACAUAUUAGACGUUUUUUUGAAGGGUUGCGUUUGCUCCAGGAGAUAUCGACAGCUGACGGAGGAGAGUUCGUGGAAGCGCCGCAUCAGUGUCAUGCUGGGAGUUAUUUUAUUUCCGUUUGUUUAGUCUACUUGACUGGGUACACACUAAGGUUUAAAUAUGAAUUAUUUCUAAUGUUCUGUUGAUGUGCAUCUCAUAAUAAUGAAUGAAAACAAAAAUGUUUUAAUGGAAGAGAACGCAGGUCAUGAUGCUGUAUAGAGAUACUGUAGCGAUCAAUUAUCUUUAACGGAUGAAUCUCACAAAAACAUCCUGGUCAAAACAGUCCGAGUCAUAUUUCAACUCAUUCUUGGAGUUUUUGGGAUGAAAUAUGACCUGGAUGUGUUCUCGACAGGCUUUGUGAGUUUCACUUCUAAGGCCCGUUCACACCAAGGACGAUAACGAUAAAGAUGUGUCCCAAAUGAUGCACUAUACACUAUGUACUUACGCACUCAACCGUGAAGUGUAUUAUGUAAUUGGAAUCACUUUUUUUUCCAGCUGAUGAACGAUAAAAACAUUGACAGCCAAUCAGAAUCUUGCUUUCAGAGCUCGAGCAUUUAAAAUGGUAGACGACAAAACUGCUUAGAAUAAACAGAACGAUAUUGUGCGUUGGUGUGGACGAUUUUAUAGUUAUCUAUAAAGUAGGGCUGUAUAAAUGAGUGUGUUAUUGUAGGGCUGUCAAAAAUUCUAUAAAACAUUUGGAUUUAGAUUUAUCGGCCAAUAUAUCGAUUAUCGGCUUUCAAAUAUAAAGAAUUAUCGUAUCGGCCAAAAUUUUCUUGUCGGUGCCUCCC